CACAAAAGCGCUACUUGGGCAAACGUUCUGUGCGAGUGAAAUAGAGCAGACACAGAGCGAUCGGGUGGUGGCGAAAAUAUUCUAAAAUAUUGCCGAAAAACAAUGUUAAAAUAAGUGUGUAGGUUUAACUAGGCUAAAGUGCGUACUGAAAUUGCUAAUGUGACUGUUUUCCGCCGUUGGUUAUUGGCAAACCAUUGGUCGUUCUAUUCUGGGUACGACGAAACGCCUUCUUCCUCCGCACUGCAACACUUCCUCCGCUUCCUGUUCCACCUUUGCUAAACAGUUUGCAACGGAACAAGGGCAGGAACAGGAAACCAGCCACCCUACUCGCAGUGGUGUGCGUGUGCUUCAUCGUCGGAGAAACCGUUAGUGCGAGCGAGAGAGAGGGAGAGCGAGCGACAGCGCGUUUGCUGUUACACACCGAAAGAGUCAAGAUGGCCGAUCUGGACGCAGUGAAUCUCGGAUUAGACGAGACGGAGCGGGAUAUAGCGGAGGCGCUGGAAAACUCAUACGACACCCGAUCGGAAGCGUCCGGCGAUGGGGAUGCGGACGAGCCGGACGCGGACGAGGCCGACGGGUCGCAUCCAUCGAUCAGCUCGGUUAGCUCGGCCGAAUCCGACUCGGUCGGUACCGAUCUAGAGGAGGAGAACAACGACGACGACGGCGACGGUGGGGCAAGCGGCAAAAAGAAAAAGGGCGACGCAAAACCCACCCCAAAACAGGAGAACGGUGCCGCAAAGGGAAAGGAAACGACAAAGAAAAAGACGAAGAAAGCUGCGGCGGAUAAGACCGACGGCGACAAUGCAAAGGAAGAGGAGGAGGAGGAGGAUGAUGACGACGACGAUGAGGAGAAUGAUGCGAAGGAGGACGAGGAAGAGCUGGACGAUCCCAUGGAAGAGGACGAUGAUGAUGACGACGACGAGGAGGAAGAGGACGAUGACGAAGAGGAGGAUGAUGAUGAGGAGGAGCAAGGGCGCCGUAGCAACAAGCGGACAAAGAAAACUAAAGCAUCGUCGGCAAAGGGGGGAGCUGCAGGCAAGAAGAAAGUUGUCGCCAAAAAGGCGGCCGUUGCCAAGCAACCGCCCAAAAAGAAAGCUAAAACUGCGGCUACCACUACUGCUACCGCGGCCGAGAAGAAGGAAGGCGCUGAAAAGCCAACGGCUGCGGAGAAGAAGAAAAAGAAAGCGGCCACCGGUGCAUCACAGGAUGGGAAGAAGUCCGCCGGCAAGAAGAAGGAGGACAAGGAGUCCGCCGCUGGCGGUGCGAGCAAUGGUCCCGAGGAGAAGGAAGAUGCAGCCAACAACAGCACCAACAAUGCGAACGACACAAGCACCAGCAGUAGCAGCAGCAGUAGCAGCAGCAGUAGUAGCAGCGAGGCCGGCAGCAAAAAGGACGGACGCAAGUCGCGCAGCCGUAGCCCGGCGUCCGGUGCGCCGGAAGCGAAGCGCAGCCGCACGAAGGCGGCCGGCAAUGCGGCCGGCACGAAGAACACGGUCAAAUCGUACGACUACGUGACGAAGAUCAACUACCUGUUCCGGGAGGCGCGCUUCUUCCUGAUCAAAUCGAACAACCACGACAAUGUGGCGCUGUCCAAGAGCAAGGGCGUCUGGUCGACGCUGCCGCCGAACGAGGCCAACCUCAACCAGGCGUUCCGCGAGAGCCGCAACGUGAUACUGCUGUUCUCGGUGAAGGAGAGCGGCAAGUUUGCCGGGUUCGCGCGCAUGGGCGCGGAGGCGCGGCGCGACCUGCCAGCCGUCGACUGGGUGCUGCCGCCGGGCAUGUCGGCCAAGGCGCUGGGCGGCGUCAUCAAGAUAGACUGGGUGUGCAAGAAGGAGCUGCCGUUCACCAGCACCUCGCACCUGUACAACGCCUGGAACGACGACAAGCCGGUGAAGAUCGGGCGGGACGGGCAGGAGAUCGAGCCGAAGGUGGCGGAGGAGCUGUGCCGGCUGUUUACCGAGGACACCGGCAUCGACAUGACGCCGAUACUGAAGAAAUCGAAGGAAGCGUCCAAGCUGAUGAAGGAAAAGGCGGCCUCGAAGUCGUUCCGCCGGCCGCCCAACUUUGGCCGGCCCACGUCGUCAUCGUCGGGGCUGCGCAGCCGCAGCAGUGGUGGAAGUGGCGGCGGCGGCGGCAGCGGCGGUAUUGGCCCGAUACGGCGCGGUGGAAGACGCAUGUACCCGGGCCCGAGGGGUGGAAGAGAUGGCGGGGGUGGUGGUGGAGGCGGUGGCGGCGGCGGUAGUCGUUCCCAUGGGGGAAGCUCCAUGUUUGCACCGUACCGGAAAGACCGACAUGGCGGCGGCGGAAUGGGAGGAGGCAGCCGCCACGGAGGUCACGGAGGUGGUGGGAUGGGCCCCCGCAUGGGCAUGGGCGGUGGGAGCGGCGGCGAUGGAGGCGACCGUGGGGGCGGCGGUAUGUCGCGGGCCGCUGCAUUCGGGGCGAUGCACCAUCCGGCUCACCAUCAUCGUUGGGCGGAUGGGUACAGCUCGACUGCGGCGGCCGAGGCGUACGUGGCCGACUACAUGCGCAACAUGCAGAACCAGCUGCCUCCGAUGCCGUACGCGCCGCCGCCCGGGUUUCCCGCCAUGCCGCUACCGUACGACAAUAUGCCACCGCCACCGCGGUACUACGAUGGGCUGCCGAUACCGGAGUACCAGCUGCCGCCCGGUUCCAUCCCCGGCAGCGUGACCGGAGCCGGUGGCAUGCCGCCUCCCCGUAGCCAUGCGGCAACAGCGGCGGCCGCCGCCGCAAUAUACGACAAGCGUGCGUACGAGCAGAUGGAGGAGUUCAUGUGGAAGUCGGCCAACGGGAUGGGCGCUGGCGGUGCUGGUGGCGCCGGUGGCGGCGGUAGCAGCGGUGGCAGCCAGGGAGGGCUAAGCAGCGCGGUCGGAGGGCUGGUGGGCGGCCUGGCGACGAUGAAGGGACCGCCCCCGGUACUGCCCAGCCACGGUUACCAUGUGCCGCCGCCCAUGAUACCGCCGAUGCACCAUCACCACAUGCACCGGAAGAACGACCGUGGAGAUGGCGGUGUGGGCAAUUCGUCCGACCGUGGCGGACAGCAGCGGGGUGGAGAUCGCGAUCGGUCCAAUCAUCGCAGUGACCGUAACCAGCAACAUCGCGGUGGUGGUGGUGGUGGCGGCGGUGGCGGUGGUGGUGGUAACCGUGGAUACAACAAUCGUGAUAGACGAUGAUUCGAAGCUUCACCGUCCUACCAGUAUUCCCCGUACGAUCAGCAUGAUGGUGGUGCAUCGUACUAAUGCACCUUCCUUGCAAAGCAUUCAUCACUCUACGCCGCCGGAGGCUUUGACGUCACCCCACCCCCCUCCGAUCUUCGUGUGCAAUAACGUGUCUGUGUGUGUGUGUGUGUAUGUUUGUGUAUGAUGGUGUCCCUGCUGAUAUUUCAGGACCGCAUCCACAACACCGCAACAACUCCAUUUUGCAGCCCAACAGUUUCCCUAUCUCUCUGUCUGAAUGACCUCUCCCGUUGAUCAAUGCGCGAAUCAAUGAAGCGUUCAGACCGAGGGGUAGGAAUUUCCACAUCGCCGUCACAGCAGCAUUCAUCUCACCGGAAGAAAACCUAUCGCGUGUUGCUAUGGACAACAGAACGUGCGAGCAGCAGCAGCAGCAGCGGGCAAUCAAGUUGUCUGGAUUUGCCAUCUUUGCAGUCUUCAAGCUCCAACCACACACCGUACGGAACGCGGUGAACGGAUGCUGUGUUGCGUUACGGACCGGCACAUUCCUCGUAUCUCGAGGAAGGUGUUAGUCCCGCCAACGCCAUCGGCCGCAGCAUCAGCAGCAGCAACAGUGUGAGCACAGAAGUGCAUCGAUUCGGUUCGGUGCAAUGAAGUUGGCGUUGGCGUCUACUGCGGUUGUGCGCGAGUGCGAUUUACGAAAAAGCGAAAAGAAAGAGUGCGGUCGAGUGCAUUUUUGUUUUGUUCUUCUUAAGUUCUGUGAAGAUCAUGGCGUGUCGCGGUAUGUUACGGUUCCGGUGUUUUCGAAGUGUGAGUUCAAAGUGUGAUAUGCGAGGGGCGUCCUGGCAUUUGCGGCGAAAAGUUUUGCUGUAGGCUCAGAUCUCAGAGGCAUAAGAAACCAAGAAAAUGUGGAGGGGGCGGUAGCGGCGAGUUUCAGUUUUUUUGCAUACAGCGCCAAUGCGUGAUGCGCAAGGAAUUUGUAGAUUAGGGCGAACAAAGGGAAAGUGAAUGCAUAAUGCAUAAUAACGGUGUGGCUAGAGGCUGGGGCGCGUGUAUGUGAAUAUAGUAGGGGGGAAAGCGUUCUAUUAUGCGGACUAGUAUAUAUUUUAAUAUUACAAAAAUCUACAAACAGCGAAAAAGAGCGAAAAACAACAACACACAGGCAACAACGGCGGUGCUAAAUCGUAGGGAUUGGAAAGGUAGUUUCCAACAAGGAAAAGAAGGGGGAGCUUCUCCUUUAAUUUGCUCUUGCGAUACAUAUAGCAGGCGAAUGAACUCUGUUUUUUUUUGCGGCAAUCCCGGAAGCAAAACAGCAAAUCCUACUACUGAACAUCCGCAUAAAUAAGCUGAAAAACAAAACCGCAAAACAGCAAAACAGUGAAUAUGUACAUCGCGGCGAUAUAAUUAUGCAUUAGAUAAGUAUGAGCUAAGCAUUAGUUUUUUUUACGAUCGACCGAUCGCAACCGUCAUGAAGCGAUCCACAUUUAAUUUAAACGACACUAAAAAAGGACGAUCCGAGAGCGAGAGUGUCUAUGUGUGUGUGUGUGUGUGUGUGUGUGUGUGUGGUUGUGUUUAUGUUUUCGACGAUCGCUCAUAAAAAAAUGGUUAGAAUGCUAAGAAGUUUGGUGGUGCAAUAAGAGAAAAUCCUUAAGCACAGACGGUCGUGAAUAUCGCGCACCGCAAUUCUAGGACAGGCAAACAACAAAACAAAUUUGCGUGCGCAUAAGUGUUUUUUACUAGUUUUUUUUUUUUUAAUCCAAAGUGUUUGCGUGUUUAUGAAAAUCAUUUCGAACUUUCGGAUAAUCGUCCGACCCCGUUUGCGAUGGAAAUAAAUUAUUAAAUAGGCAUAACGCAUAUGCAUCCGGUAGCAUGUUAGGCACGAAAAACACAACUAUAAAACCAAGCACACACAACAUAAGAACACACAAACACACGAAAGCUGAAGUCUAUUGCGAUAAAAUAGGAAAGAUAGAGAGAGAAAAAGGAAGAACGCUCUGCCGCUACAAUCUCAGCCACUCUUUAUAAUAGGAAGUUACUUACAGAUAAGCAACACUAGAGCGUUUGAUGGAAAAGAAAAACACACCCGAUAUCAUCGCCCACAAACAAGCUUACCCAGGACGAAUGUGUAAGGCUCUGUCACACGAUAGCCAGCAGCAAACAUGCAGACGCAAUACGACAAGGGGCGACAAAUGAUCCCUUGCGCGUGGCUAGUAGGAAUCUAUGAACAUUUUUACGCUAGUGAACCACCACCCUCUCCAUCUACCCGCAAUUACACACUGUCUUUAAGUCGUUCGGCAGCAAAAUGCUACUACAACCUACACGCAGUAUAAAUGUAUUCAAUAAAGUUACAACCACAAAUCUAAUAACCAAUCCCCCCCGUACCGCAACCACCAAUAAUAAUGGACCUUCUUGUUGCCUGUUUGCGCCACAAACGGAAGCGCGCACGUGCUACCAUUGAGUGUCUGAAACGAAAAUAAAGAGUGGUUCGAUCGAAAUGGACUUGUGCUUUGCAGCGCGAAGCACAUAGCGGGGGAUCGGGGGCUCCGUCGGAAGUAGGAAGAUCUCCAGUGUGCGUGAAUAUUGUGGCCAGUGCUUCGUGGAGUGCGUGUGUGUAGAUAGAUGUGUGGCAUACGAUCGCCAAAAUCCUCUCGCAGAGAAAGAGAGGGUACGUGGGGACACUCUUGCACAUCAAUCCCAAAAAUGUGUCUUCGCCGCGGGAAUAGUGUGUACGAGUGAUAAAGAUUGGGGUGGGGCGUACUAUUGAGCGAGUUAUAAAAACGGGGGAAUUGUGGGCGAUCAUGAAAAAUCAAGAACUGUUCAAGCGGCUCUCCCACCUGGGACAUAUCCUUUUGCGAAGGAUUACUCAACGCUUUGGUCAUGAUCAUCAUCAGCCGCCGCCACCACGAGUGUGUGUGUGUGUUGCUGCCGGCACUCGCCAGUGUAUUCGUCCAUAUUUACCUUAAAGUGCAAUGAAACGAAGAGAUCUGUUCGAUCACUAACCUGUGAUGAUUGUUGUGCGCGUAUAACGAACGAUCGACCCCUGCCCCCGACAGCAACAUUGCUUAGCCUGCUUUGUCCGGGGGGUCCUGAUCGUUGUUUGGUGCAUGGUGUGUGUGUGUGUAAUCGACGAGCUUAUUUUUCAUACCCAUGAACUUCCCGUCCACAUGCACACGGCGUAAGAUAUACAAAAAGAAAUAGAGCGAAUGACCGAUGGAGAAGGGGAUUGGGAUUGAAGUGUGUGUGUUUUCGAAAUCCAUCCAUCGGUGGGGGAAACAAUGUGUUCAAAUCAUCCAUAAUGGCUCGUGAAAAUGGUGGCAUUUAAGAAAAAAGGACCCUUUACUUCUAAAAAGGACUACCAAAUAUAUCCAUGCCUGACAGAGGAGUCCUACGAUUUAAGGUUCGGGUUAUGAGCAAACAGAAGUGCAACCUUUUUUACAUGUAUCCCCUGUAUGGUGGAGGAAAUACAGGGGGUGAGUUUUUGUGAGCGAACGUAGCAUAGUGAAGGCGGUCUCCCCGGCGCGCACACGUGUCUGUGAGAAAGCAUGAAUUAAGAGACUUUACUUUUAACUGGCUGCAAAACCAGCAUUUCUCAUGUAGUACGCGUGUGUCGUCUGCCAGUGUCUCGAAUGAUAGAUUCUAUGAAUCUCACAUCCUACUGGAUCGACAAAUAGUGCAGAGUUUACUACAACUUCCACUACUACUAUUGUGUCUCUCCCGCACCCAUUACACUUUCUGUGAAAGUGCGUAUCAUCAGUAUCAGCAGCCUGUGCAGUUGCGUAGUGCGCAAUCGUUGGUUGCAUGCCAAACGGCACGAAGAAGGAAGAACGCUGGUCCGCGAAUCUCAUCGGGAAAGCAUUGUUUUGCUCUCACCUGUACUUUGCAAACCUUGCGCGCGUGGUGUGUUUGAUUAGUAUUCCUCCCCUUUCAGCGUGGAGCGGGAGUGAAGCUGAUCGCAUCCAACGAUGGAGAACGUCGCGUUUUACCACCGGGAAUACCUACGCCCAGCAAGGUAUACAUCCGCGGAUGUACGUGCUUUGGAAAGUCGACCGAUGUGCACAUACAACGACGUGCAAACCCAGCCGUGCAUCCUACGGAUGCAUCUAAUAGACUGACGGCGUAAUUCUGCAGCGCAAGAAAAAAUCUUUCUCUACCGGAUCUACCGGAUAAUCCAUGGCUGUGUGGAAGAUGGCCCCUAAUUAUCAAAAAAAAAAAAAAACUACAACAAAAUUUCCUUAAAAAAAUGUGGGUUUUUCUAGUGAGGGAAAGCUCUAGAGCGAAAAGAACAAAAACUUUUGGGUACGGAGUCUAGGAUACGUUUACAGUCCUUUUGAUGAUAAAAUCUAAAUUCUUCUUUUGCUAAACGAUUUUACUUAAUGUGAGGUAAACGAUCCCGGUUUGUUGUGCGGGACUUUGCAUUUGUGCUUUGCAUUUGUGCCUAUACUUUACUAGAUGUGACUUUUAAAUUUUAAAACAUACAUGGACAAGGUGGGAAUUACCUCUUGCGUCCAGGAUAUAUUUUAUAAAUCAGAUACAGAGAGAGAAAGAGAAAGAUACAGUUUAUUGUGAAAAUCUCGUUUUAGAGGAGUCGUAUUUUAGUUCCUUAUUUGCAACACCAAAUCAUAUCAAAGAUUGUUGAGUGAAAAGUAUUUAAAAAUUGAUACUAUUUAUGGAUACUGUCCUAUUUAUGGAUAAAUUUUAGCCGAGUACAAGUUGCCGAAACGCGUGAAGUAGCAAAUCGUUAGCAAAGUAGUUGUGCAAAACUGUGUCUAUGAAUGGUUAACGUUUCCUUGACGGCUGAUUUAGAUGUACACCGAUUGAUGUUACUAGACUUCCUGAUACCCAAGACAAAUAUUUAUUAGAUAUACAUGCAUACAUUAACGUGA